CUGAAUUUUGCGUUAGGGCUCAUUCCUUUCCCUCUCUCCCUCUCGAACGCAGGCCCCGGCUCGUCGUCUUCCUAUUCUUCUUUCUCUCUCUGUGUGGGGUUUUAGCGAGAAUGCUUACAGCGGAUGUACCUCCAAACCAAACUAUAUACAUUAAGAAUCUCAACGAAAAGAUAAAAAAAGAAGAAUUGAAGAGAUCUUUGUAUUGUCUGUUCUCUCAAUAUGGAAGGAUUUUAGAUGUUGUUGCAUUGAAGACAGCCAAGCUUCGAGGACAAGCAUGGGUAGUUUUCAGUGAAGUGACAGCUGCCAGUAAUGCAGUGAGACAGAUGCAAAAUUUCCCAUUUUAUGAUAAACCUAUGCGCAUACAAUAUGCAAAAACAAAGUCAGAUUGUAUCGCCAAAGCAGAUGGAAGUUAUGUUCCUAGAGAAAAGAAGAAGAAGCAAGAAGAAAAAGCUGAAAGAAAACGCCGUGCUGAAGAAGCACAUCAAUCAGCCACGGCUAAUGGUGCAAGUGCUCAAAAUGGAGGCGCAGCUGCUUCUUUCCAGUCAAGUGCACAAGAAGCAGUUGCACCGAAUAAUAUCUUGUUCAUACAAAACUUGCCUCAUGAAACUACUAGCAUGAUGCUGCAAGUGCUCUUUGAACAGUACCCCGGGUUCAGAGAAGUACGAAUGAUCGAAGCAAAACCAGGUAUUGCCUUCGUAGAAUUUGAGGAUGAUGUGCAGUCCUCCAUGGCCAUGCAGGCCCUUCAGGGUUUCAAAAUCACACCCCAAAAUCCAAUGUCCAUCACCUUUGCCAAGAAGUAAAGAGUUUUGUUUCUGUACUGCUCUGUUUUGCGCUUUAGUUUUUGCCGAGGAUAUGUAAUAGUAGAACAGAUUUAUCAAUAGCAGCAGUUAUGUAGAAUGUAGAUUUUGGAGAUCAAUUGUGUAGACCCUCCCAUGUGUUUGAUUAUUUUCGUACAGACGUAGGUCAACGCCCAAUGAUAAUCUUAUCAGAAUCCGCACGAUUUGGCUGAAGGCUUUGGAAGCCAUAAAUUUAACCGGUGUCAUUUUGAUUAUGUAGUAAUUGAAUUUCUACUGAAGGCUAAUAUUUAUGAAAUUAUUAAAUUGCUCUA